AUGAGCUCGGAGCCGGACUCGGCGUCGCUGCGCUCCUCGUCGUCGUCGUCGGGCUCGGCGGGGCCGGCUCCGGCUGCCCCCCGGCCGCUGUCGUCCAACGUGCGGCGGCUGCACCAGGCGCUGACGGCGCUGCUGAGCGAGGCGGAGCGGGAGCGCUUCGUGCUGUGCCUCAACGCCUACCACGGCCGCCGCAACGUCUGCGACCUGGUGCGCUCCCUGCGAGCCCUCCUCGACGGGCCCCGCCGCCGGCAGCUCCUGCCGCUGCUGCGCCUCGUCCUGCCGCGCUCCGACCAGCUGCUCUUCGACCAGUACACGGCCGAGGGGCCCUACCUGCCGCCCCCCCCGCCGCCCCCCGCCGCAGAGCCCCCCGGGGAGCUCCGCCAGGUCAGCCUGCGGCGGAGCAAAGCCCACCAGGGGCUGGGCUUCAGCAUCCGCGGCGGCGCCGAGCACGGCGUCGGCAUCUUCGUGUCCCUGGUGGAGCCCGGCUCGCUGGCCGAGCGGGAGGGGCUGCGGGUCGGCGACCAGAUCCUGGGGGUCAACGGCAAGCCCCUCGACAGGGCGACCCACGCCGAGGCCGUCAAGGUCCUGAAAGGCUGCAAGAAGCUGAACCUGUCCGUACACUCGGUGGGCCGCAUCCCCGGGGGCUAUGUCACCAACCACAUCUACACCUGGGUGGACCCGCAGGGCCGCAGCGUGUCCCCGCCUCUGGGCCUGCCGCACCACCAGAACAGCUCGCUGCACAAGGACAGCGAGAAGAGGAGCCACCUCCAGCUCCUGCAGGAGGGCGAUGAGAAAAAGGUCAAUCUGGUCCUGAAUGAAGGGAAGUCCCUGGGGCUUAUGAUCCGAGGAGGGGCAGAAUAUUCCUUGGGCAUCUACAUCACCGGUGUGGACAAAGGCUCUGAAGCAGAGAGCACGGGCUUAAAGGUAGGAGACCAGAUCCUGGAGGUGAACGGCCGGAGCUUCCUCAGCAUCCCCCACGACGAGGCGGUGAAGCUGCUCAAGUCCUCCCGCCACCUCAUCAUGACUGUGAAGGAUAUCGGGAGGCUGCCCCACGCCCGCACCACCGUGGACGAGACCAGGUGGAUAGCAAGCUCCCAGAUCGGAGAGACCCUGGUCAACUCAGCAGGGGCAGCGGGCGAUCACGCUGCGGAGGCGGCAGCCAGGCCUGUGUUUUACCGGGGCCUGGCGGGCUCGCAGGUAACGCUGAGCAGCAUGGUGAACCAGACCCGAGUCAUGCUGGAGGAACAAGCGCGGCACCUGCUGAACGAGCAGGAGCGAGCGACCAUGGGGUACUACCUCGAUGAGUACAAGGAAGGCAACAUCUCCGUGGAUGCUCUGGUCAUGGCACUCUUUGAGCUGCUCAACACGCACGCUAAGUUCUCACUGCUUUCAGAGGUGCGGGGCGUGAUCUCCCCGCAAGACCUUGACCGCUUCGACAACCUGGUGCUGAAGAGAGAGAUCGAGUCCAUGAAGGCCCGGCAGCCCUCGGGGCCCAGCAUCGGCACCGACUCCUACUCCAUGAUGUCCUACAGUGACACCGUCUCUUCCUCCAGCAGCCACUUCACCUCCACAACCGUCAGCUCGGCCCGGAACACAUCAGAGUUGGAGGGAGGUGGAGACGGCCACCAGAGCAGCAUCAACACCCUGCCAGACAUCUCCCUGGAUGACCUCUCGUCCUUCCCGGAGGAGCCGCCCAACUUCAAGCCUCCCCCUCCUCCUUCAGCCCCCCAGAUGCUGGACCCCUCUGCUGCCCAGCACCGGAACCCGGGGAAGGACAAGCCCAAGCGCCCAUCCUCCGAGUCCUCCCAGUCAGGCCUCUUCUUCGUGGCCCCCCGAAACCCCACGCCCCCUCUUAACCACUCCGAGCAGGACACAGCCAGCAUGACCUCCACCGCUACGACAUCCACCGAGGAGUCCGCCCCGAGCCCCAUCUAUGCUACCAUUUCCCCAUCCCUGCACAGCUCCCGGCGCCAAAUGGAUGCCCAGCUCUCCUUGGUCAGCCAGCACCCCAUCGGGCCCUUCCCCAGGGUCCAGUCCCCAACGAGGCUGAAGAGCCCCACCGCGGAGGGCCCUGCAGCCGCUGGGCACCACAGCCCCGCUUCCCCGUCCCCUCCGCCCCCCCCGGCGCACCCCGCGCCCCCGCCCCCCGACAGGGGCAGCCCGCGGGCCGUGGCCAACCAGCACUUCAUCAUGGUGGAGGUGCACCAGCCCAACAGCGAGCCCGAUGUCAACGAAGUCAGGCCCUUGCCCCAGGCCAGAGCCUCCACGCUGUCCCAGCUGUCGGACAGCGGGCAGACCCUCAGCGAGGACAGCGGGGUGGACAUCGGCGAGGUCGAGAUGGGCGGCAAGGACAAGAGCCGGCAGCCGGUCCCCGGGAAAAGCCGAAGCCUCAAGGAGGCCGCCAGGAGCGAGGCGGCGGCAGAGGGGGCCUCCAAGCCGCCGGGGCUCCUGGAGCCCACCUCGUGCCUGAUCCGGGUGUCCAAGAGCGCGCCGACCCUGGGAAUCGCCAUCGAGGGUGGAGCGAACACGCGGCAGCCGCUGCCCCGCAUCGUCACCAUCCAGCGCGGGGGCUCAGCGCACAACUGCGGGAAGCUGAAGGUGGGCCACGUCAUCCUGGAGGUGAACGGCACCGGGCUGCGGGGCAAGGAGCACCGUGAGGCCGCCCGCAUCAUCGCCGAGGCCUUCAAGCUGAAGGAGAAGGACUACAUCGACUUCCUCGUCACAGAGUUCAACGUCGCCCUGUAG